CAAGAAUUUCCGGGAGGACGCCGGGCGGCAGCGCACGGAGGAGAGGGAAGGGACCGGCCGGGCCGGGAGCGGGGCCAUGAACGGCUCGGCGAACUCGUUGCUGGACAAGGAGGAGCACCCGCUGCAGCUGGGCGAGAGCUUCGAGCGGCGGCCCAAGGCCUCCUUCCACACCAUCCGCUAUGAUUUUAAGCCAGCAUCGAUUGAUACGUCUUGUGAGGGGGAUCUCCAAGUGGGUAAAGGAGAUGAUGUUACCAUCACUUUGCCACAUAUUCCAGGUUCAACUCCACCAAUGACUGUCUUUAAAGGAAAUAAAAGGCCAUAUCAGAAGGACUGUGUGCUUAUUAUCAAUCAUGACACUGGGGAAUAUGUGCUGGAAAAACUUAGUAGCAGCAUUCAAGUCAAGAAAACAAGAGCAGAGGGCAGCAGUAAGAUCCAAGCCCGAAUAGAGCAACAGUCUGCCCGAGCAUCUCAGCCUCCUUCACAGUUCAGAGCCCCAACCAAGCCAGCAGUUGGACCUAAAACUUCUCCUUUGAAGGAUAAUCCUUCACCAGAGCCCCAGCUGGACGAUAUUAAGAGAGAACUGAGAGCAGAGGUUGAAAUUAUUGAGCAGAUGAGCAGCAGCAGUGGAAGCAGCUCAUCGGAUUCAGAGAGCUCAUCUGGGAGUGAAGAUGAAAGCUCCAGCAGCGAGGGGGAAGAGCCAGCACACGUUUCCCCUUCCCAGCCACCACACCAGCAGUACAACAACAGGAAUGCUGUUGCUAAUGGCACCAGCAGGCCACAGGGAAGCAAUCAGCUCAUGAACACGCUCCGAAAUGACUUGCAGUUGAGUGAGUCUGGGAGUGACAGUGAUGACUAGAGGCUGAGCUUUUGCUGUUUCUGUUACAUAUACAUGAAGAACUAAUUUACCUUGAAGUGAUCCUAUUGCUUAUGAAGAGGAGCUGGCACAGAGAUGGUUCCAUGUGUGGAAUUUUAAUAGAAGAAAUGCAUAGCCCUACAAAAUAGCAGAUGUUGAGGACUGUUUUACUGUGUGAAUUACAUGUAUAUAUUGUGUAUAUUCUUAUUCUGCUAAAGGUUUGAGUACAUAUGUACAGUGAGUGAGCCAAUGUAUGUUCCUGUCCACCAUCUGUAAGUUUAACAUGUAAUUAUGUGAGGUCAUCUGAAAAUCUCUUGUUUGUAGGGUAUGUGCAGAGCAUCAUGACUUUGUUGGGGGACUUUUGUAUAUAGAGUGAGCAUGUGCCUACAAUGAGUUUAAAAAAACAUGCAGGAGCUAGUGUGUGCACUGAAGUGGGACUGCCAUAAAUUAAGUUUCAAUACUAAAUUGAUUUCUUUGGUUUGGGACUUUUUUAAUGCCUUUUUAUUGCUAUUUAUGGUUGAUUUAAUAGACUGACUUUUAAACAGUUGGACAAUAGGAAUGAUUAAACCAUGUUCGUCACAAACCUUGCUGCAUCAGUGCCUUAUGAGCAGGUUUUUUAAAUAGUGCUUCAAUUCCUGCCACCUUCCCUGUAUGGAGCAAUACUGAAACCUCCUCAGAUUGCUUCUGCAGACAAGAGCUGUGUGUCACAUACUGCCUGCUGUGCUCUAAGGGCAGUGACUCUAGCAAGAUAAAGGAUACACAUCAAUCACCUAAACUCAUCCAAGUAGGAAUCAGAUAAUCAUUCGCUUUAGAAACUGAAGGGUCUCAUUUAACUCAGACUUUCGGACCUAGUCUUCAGAAAUACUUAAAAUCCCAACUACUAGUGACAUUGCAAUGCCACAAAUGCAAAAUAUUUGACUUACUGAAAUUCUAAGACUGGAGCCCUCUUUGCAGUUUCCUAGAGAGUGCAAAAAGAAGAGGUGACAAAACAAGCAGCCAUGAAACAGCAGAAGUCUCUGUCCCACCACAGUUGUAAAGGUAGACUUUAGUCCAAACUGUUCAUUGGAUGAACCUCUUUGUGCUUGGCAGGAGUACACAGAACAUGAAAUAUUUGCCAAGGGUGAAAUUCACCCCUGUUUAAAGGGUGUUUAAAGGGUGCUUAGUUGGAUUAUUAUUAACUUUUUUGCUCACAUGGAAAAUGAGUGCCAUAGGCAGCCUGACUUUUUAAAAUCAAAAUUCUGCUGACAUAGGACAAGUUGCACCUUAGUUGUGGUGUAAUCCUGAGGAAUGGGAAGCUGAAUCAAAUGCCUCCCCAUUCUCAGGUCUCUGCUUUGCACUGCUCUCAUCUGUCAGUUUGUGUUUUAACUCCUGUUUGUUUACUGAGCUCUGUCCUUUUUUUUAACAUGUUGAAGAGCAAGGGGACAUUUGAAGGGAGAUUUUAUUAAAUGGUUUAUUUUUUUGCAUUAGAUACAUAUUUAGGCAUAUUUUUGCAUUAUUGUACAUACAUUAAAACUACUUGGUUUUUUUAAAGUGUUUUGUGAUGUAGGUAUGUAUUUUAAUGGACAAUUAUGAAAUAUACUUGAUGAAAAGCCACAA